AGUCGGUCUAAAUAUUGCUCGUACAUAAUUAUUUACAUUUAUCAUUUUUGACAAGGCUGAUAUUCAGGCCGGCAUUGAGAAGUUUAAUAUUUCUACCCAACACCAAAAUGGCACAAAUUAUUUGGGCGAUUGCACUACUUUUAGUCGUUGGAGUAUCGGGACGUUCCCUAAAACCCGAUGAUUCCGAGUUGGAUGCCUCUUGGUUUGAGGAGAUCGCCCCCAUUGGCCGUCCCUUGUCCGACAUAACGAGCCCCUUAGCACCGUUAGAAAAUGAAGAGGAUAAAAUAGUUGGUGGAGAACCAACCACCAUCGAGGAUUACCCGUACCAGGUUCAACUUCAAAAUCGAGGUUCCUUCUUUUGUGGGGGUUCCAUAAUAUCGCCCAAACAUGUACUUACAGCCGCACACUGUACCAAUGGACAAUCAGCCUCGUCACUAUCCGUCCGUGUGGGAACUUCAACUCGAGGCUGUGGGGGUCAGGUCAUUCAGGUUUCUGAAAUCCAUCAACACCCCUCCUUCAACCGUAGCAAUCUCAAUAACGACGUUUCAAUUUUAGAGUUGAGCAGUUCUGUCACCAUUGGACCUCAAGUUCAGAUAAUUGCGACAGCCCCAUCCGGAUCUGAGCUUUCGGCCGGAACGCUGACCACUAUUACGGGCUGGGGCACCACAUCGUCUGGUGGGUCCUUGCCUACUCAACUGCACGUGGUGAAAGUCCCCAUUGUCUCAGUGGCAGAUUGUCGAGCGGCUUACGGAGAUAAGGCCAUCACGGACAAUAUGUUGUGUGCUGGGUUAUCAGAAGGCGGAAAGGAUUCAUGUCAAGGCGAUUCUGGUGGUCCACUUGUGGUGGAUGGAGUACAAGAUGGUAUUGUUAGCUGGGGAUAUGGGUGUGCCGAUCCAAAAUAUCCUGGAGUUUACACAAAAGUAUCAAAUUACAAGGACUUUAUAACCCAGAUCUUACAAAGAGAAUCAUAA